CACCAAUAGUAAUUGUCGAUGUCUUCGUGACAAGACUUGAGCGUUAUCACUCGAGCGGUGUCAUUCAAUAAAAUAUACAUAAUUGAAAGUGCAUUUUCCAAUUAUAUAUACACCCAAUCGUAUAUAUACGUUAUAUUAUUAUUAAUAUUAUAAUAGCUAACUGGGUAUUAAUAUCUCCAUUUUAUACACUUAAGUUUUAUCGCAAAAUCUAAAAUCUCACAAACGACAAAUUCGAAAGUGUUUAAUAUUUUUGUUUUUUAAAAAAAAGUAACGAUCGCAUCGCGCUUCAUCUAGUCAAAUCGAGAUUAACAGUUUAUUAUCCACAUAAACAAUCCAUAAAGUUUGUUUCUUUAAGCUGCAAUUGUUUUUAGGCAACGAGGGUCGUGGAAGAUCCAACAGAUCUAUAUUAAAUAACACCAGCUCGGGAUUUAAUAAAAAAUCCUCAAGUGCGCACAGCAUCAACCGAUAUUUAAGUUGGCACGCCGCCUCAUCUCAAAAGUCGUAUCAUCUUUAUCGUAAUAAACCAACAGCUAAACACAAUACAAUAGGAAAUUUGUGUCACCGUUAAAUCCUGAGGCUCUGAGACUGAUAAAAAAUAAAACCUAGUUUUGAACACCCGAACAAAAUAAUAACUAAAGGGGUUAAAAAGUGCCGCGAUGCCGGCAAACAAUGGAACUUCUUACCGAUCAUUAGAUGAUCUAGGUGAAAAUGUUUAUAAAAGUACGACGAUCGUCGAGCAAACCCACCAGACAAUGAGUCAAAGUGUGUUGGAUAGUGUAAAAAAAGCCUUCAAUUUUGCUGCACCCAAAGUUGAGCUCAGGAGAAAGGAUCCGCUCAUCGAUGACCGUACGGAAAGCAUUUCCAUUGUUACUAGGAACAAAAAAAAUAUGCCGACCGCCGCUUGUCCCGAGGAGUCAGCGCUGCUGGGCACAAUGCCAUCAGAUAGCAUGGAUGAUAUCGAGCUGAAAAAUAUCCAACUCCAGUUUCCUGCGUUGAGAUACCUGAGCAAAGAUGAUGGCUCUGUUAGAGAGGAGAGAGUUGAAACGGACAAAGGAAUUUUGGUGGUCGCUGUUCAAGGCAAUCGCGCUAAACCUGCCAUCCUAACUUAUCAUGACCUAGGCCUUAAUUACAUUUCGAGCUUCCAGGCAUUCUUUAAUUACAUUGAUAUGAGAGUAUUGCUCGAAAACUUUUGUGUUUACCACGUAAAUGCACCCGGUCAAGAGGAGGGAGCACCAACAUUACCUUUCGACUACGUUUAUCCGACGAUGGACGAGUUAGCACAACAGCUGCUAUUUGUGCUGGGGCACUUUGGCCUGAAAUCGGUUAUCGGUUUCGGCGUGGGUGCCGGGGCCAAUAUCCUCGCGCGGUUCGCUUUGGCUCAUCCCAGCAAAGUUAAUGCGUUAUGUUUGAUAAAUUGCAUCUCAACGCAAGCCGGGUGGAUCGAGUGGGGAUAUCAGAAACUUAACGUUCGUCAUCUAAGGUCACAGGGUAUGACUCAAGGUGUUCUGGAUUAUCUUAUGUGGCAUCACUUCGGCCGAGGAACCGAAGAAAGAAAUCACGAUUUGGCUCAAGUUUACACCAACUACUUCGAACGGAAAGUAAACCCAACGAAUCUCGCAUUAUUUAUCGACAGCUAUGUAAGACGUACUGACUUAAAUAUCAACCGCGAACUAGACCCGACACGCAAAAAGGACGUCCCGACAUUAAAAGUCCCUAUUAUUAAUAUCACCGGAGCUUUGAGUCCUCACGUUGAUGAUACUGUUACGCUUAAUGGCCGAUUGGAUCCAACUAAUAGUACAUGGAUGAAAAUAUCAGACUGUGGCAUGGUCCUUGAAGAACAACCGGGAAAAGUAAGCGAAGCCUUUCGACUAUUUCUCCAAGGUGAAGGAUACGUGGCUCCACUGUCACCAUUAAAAAUGGCCGAUUAUCGCUUAGCGUCAUUAGAAGGACUUAAUCAUUUUUGUUCGAAAAAAUUUGAUUGGCCGACCGCCACUAUCCACAUUACAGAGAAUCCCAUAUCAGAAGCUGUCGUUUGCUAAAUUAUAAAUGUAAAGCGUUUAUUAUCUUUAUAAGUAAC